GAGUAUAAGUUCUACUCGUUACCAAGAAUCUAGAUAUAUGGCCAGGUCGACGACAAACACACACAUGCAUGAGUGAUGUUGAUCAUCAGUGGCCCUCGCUUAGAUUUAAUACUGCUGGCACCCCUCACCAAACUGUGACCAUUAUUCUUCUUGGCCUCCUCGUCGAUCCUAUCUUCCCUUUAUAUGCUUCUCCGGUCGUCACAUCACGACACCAAAGAAGAGAGCGAGUCCUACAUAGAGAAGAGCGGUAGGGAGAGCCGGAGAGGAAGGUGGCUAGGCAGGCAGCAACCCUGAGCUGAUCGGAUGGGGAACAGCCUGAGGUGCUGCCUGGCGUGCGUGCUGCCGUGCGGCGCGCUGGACCUGGUCCGGAUCGUGCACCUGAGCGGCCGCGUCGACGAGUACGGCCGCGCCGUGCUCGCCGGGGAGGUCCUGGCGGCGCACCCGAACCACGUGCUCAGCAGGCCCUGCGGGUCCAGGCAGCAGGGCGGGCCGCGGAUCGUGAUCAUCGUGUCGCCGGAGACCGAGCUGGAGCGCGGCGAGAUCUACUUCCUCAUCCCGGCCGCCUCCGUGCCCGCCGACGCCAAGAAGAAGACCAAGACGAAGCGCGAGGCGACUGCCGGCGCCGUCGCCGAGGAGGGCCCUCGGCACCAUCGGCACCACGUCCGCAGCAAGUCGGAAGGCAGCGCGGCCACGGCCGCCGUUGACGGUCGCCGGCAGCAGCAGCAGCAGCAGCACCGGAGGCGCAUGAGCACCGGCAGCCACGCCGCGUCGUGGCAUCCGCACCUGGCGCGCAUCGCCGAGGACCCCUGAUCCAGCUCUGGCUCCCUGUCGUGCCGGUAUCGUCCUUUUUGCAUGCAUGGUGUCAUUUUCCUGUCUGCUGGGCGCGUGGUAAAUAUUCCUGUUGCAUGUAACACGUGUAUUAUUUGUUUGGUUCAUCUACCCCCCAAGUGCACAUUGGAUUCAAGUGUCGCAUGUGUAAACGGAACAAAUGCGAGUGACCGUGACAUUAUGUUUCUUCUUGAGAUUUGAACUUCGUGAUUUGUGCUUUUU